AUGGCAAACAAGAUCCCUACCUGCAUCUCCAGAGAUGCUUCUUGCAGCACCACCAGUUUCGACAUCAAUGGUAUUAAUUUCAUAUUUAUUUUGUUACUAAUAUUUAUAUAACUGGCGCUUUUAAAAUUUUUAUACACAGCGGGUGCUCUGGUAUUCUUAAAUUAGCUUAUUUCGAAACGUUUUGACAAUAAAUUUCUCAUGAGUCCGAGCUAGUGAUCGUAACAUCAUAGAUUAAAAUAAUAGUUAUAGCACCUGCUUCUUUGGUUACCAUGGGAGAUGGUUUACGCGGUGGGGAAGAACAACAACAUUUCCACUUGAACGUCAAUCCUACACUUAACAUGUCACGCCGUAAAGCAAGAGAAGCUUCCCUCAUAAAUAGGGGGAAAACGUUUUCACCUGAUGUUUAAACCGCAAGGACGAACGUUGAACUGUACCUUAUCAAUCUAUCAAAUUUAAGGAACAGUUAUAAACUGUUCCUUUUCAAUGCAGCCCUGGCCCUGAGGAAGGCUAAUUUUGUCAGCCGAAAUAUUGGCGUCAAAUAAAUCAACCCUUUGCCGUAUUGCCAGCCUUGCAAUUAGCUUUGCUUGGACCCAAUUAGAGUACAAUGUACAUACAGUAAUGAUGACAAUGAUAACGAUGAUGGUGCAUCCGUAAAUCCUCUAUUAAGCCCCCACACUCAGAUAAGUCCUCCCCUUCUUUGGCCAUGAAGGACGUCUCCCCCAAGCGAUCAAGCGACCUACGAACCCGAGAGGGAUUUAAAAAAAAAUAGAAAUGAUUUUUAGCAUUACACAGCGUUGCAAUGCGGGACAAUGUCGUAACCAUUCAAAACAAUGUCGCAACAAUGUUGCAACACUGUGUUGCGCUAAAAAUCUUCGUUGCGAAUCGUGCCGUGUAACAUCACCUUAACAUACGUUUUGCGGGGAGACACUGGGAAUGGUCAAGGUGUAAGGACGUAUUUUUUGGUGCUUAAUUAAGUUUAUUGAGUUUAGCGCCUUAAUUUAUGACUGCCUCUUUGCUUUGUGUUUUACCUCUCAACUACAGAGGCUCACAAGAUGUUGACAAUGCUUGCACAAGAAGAUCGCGAACACGUUUUGCGUGGCAUGCAAGCUAUUAUUGACAGCUACGCUGUGAAGACAGUGGGGAAGGCAAGUGGCUAUUAAGACGUACUGAGGCUCCCUGUUAGCUUAUAUAAUUUCUCUUAUAUUAAGGAAAGGCAGCUAGGUUUGCAUUUCCCUCCUUUUUAGCUCACAGAUGACGUAGUCAUUCCAUGGACUUUUGGAGGCAGUCGAAUGGCACUCGAUCACUCACUCACUCACUCACUCACUCACUCGACUCUAAUUAAUGUAUUCUAUACCUGACAAGUGUCAUGCCUAAGGCGUGAUUGUCACGCCUACGGAUCGAAAAGCUCGAUGAUCUCACGCCUACUUACGCCUUUGUCCAAUUUCUCACGUCUGGUACAUUACGAGCAUUAACUAACACAUCUUUAAAAAUAUUUCGAAUUUAUUUAUUAUAAAGAAAAUGGGAUCAAUGAGAGAAGAAAAGUACACGUGAAUGAUCGACUUUCUCUGACUUCCCUUAUUUUAGUAGGGAAAGUCACUGGAAACAAGGUCGUGUUCAUUCGUGUUCUUGUGUUCGUGUUAGACAGAACUUCUUAAUCGGAAUCUCUUCAGACAUCUUCGGAGAUAAACCGAAACCUAUGAAAAAUCCUGGGACUCUCAGGAUCAAAAUGUCGCGCCUAUAAGUUAAGAAAAGUUGGCAGGUAUAAUCGGCAGGUAUAGUAUUAAUUAAACUUGAAUUAAACAUUCGACCCCUACUUCCCCUGAGUAUUGCUUUAUGCGCCUUGUUUGACGACAUUGAAAGAAAAGAGCUUGGGCCAAUUGUUAUUUAGAAGAAUCUAUUAUAUUGUCUAUACAUUUUUGCCCCAAAACACAUAAAGAACAUCAAAUUAACAGAGUGUGAAAGAACUUUGGCGUAAUCACGGAUUUUUGUUAAGCUGCAUGCAUGUGAGAUUAGACCGCGAGGCCGGUCGUCCUCGUUUCCUCACAGACACAAAUGGCAAGCGAAAAGGCAAAAUUAUGCAAAUUAAUGACAAAAUAGAAGGAAAGAUUAGGGCGGAGAGAAGAAAAAGGACGACCGCGGAGGUUUCGUUGUAUUUUGAACUACCAUAUUUAUUGCGUUCGAGGUACGAGAACGCAACCCCUAAUUUGUGUUAGGUGUUCUGUGCAUUAUUGGGUAUCCUGUGCAACAAAUAAGAGAGGUUUUUUCGAGAUUGCAUUCGCCAUCGUCGUCGACACACAUUUGCCUCACUUUGAGGCGCUUCCUAACGUUUUGCCUCACUCUGACGAGCUAACUCAAUCGACGAAUCCUUUCCGUUUGUGUAUACGUAAGUACCAUGUCACAGCGUGUGACAAAUACUAUGCAUUGUUGUAGUAAAAUAGAAACGGUACAGCAGCGAGCUGCCGGUUGUGUGUGGCAGCCGAUGGAAUGCCGCAAUUGAUCCCAAUGCAGUGGGCUAGUAGCUAUAUGAAUUUAAAUGCAUCUAAAGUACCAUAAUUUAUUAAAGAACUUAAUCACAACGGCUCGUUCUUCUCACAUACUAAAAACUUUAUUGGAUAGAAGCAUUUGACGUUUGAUUUUCAUCUGCUGUCCAACUGUCAGAUUACAAGCAGCUUCAUAUCAGACAUAUUGGACAGUUCUAGUGCUGCAUUUAUCAAAUUUGUUAUGGUAGUACGACUGACUGAGCGCAGUAUAAUUGAGCGCGUAAAACAAGAAUGAAAAUGCGUGGUAAAUUACAAUAAUAAAAAGGAAUAUCGAGUUGGCAAACGUUUUUUGUGCAUUUUAAGCGAAUAUUGAUCAACUAGCAGAUGCCAUCCGUUGAGCUGUAUUCUUCCUGUUGUUUCUGUUUACAGACAAAAGAUGACGUAUCGUCUUCAAUGAGCCAUGGACAAAGAAGAUCUUCAAAGAAACGAAGAGGAAGGAAAAGGUCAUCUAGAAACACCAGUAGUAACUCAGAAGUGGAUGACAGCUCCGCCCGUGCAAGCCAGUUGCUCGUAAAUCAAGGCGGAAUGAUCAUUGGCUCGUACGGUCAUAAUCAUACCGGAUGUUGUGCUACGGACGAGGCAGCAGCCGCAGCAAAACUUAAGGAGGAAGAACCAUCCUCUGACACCGAUGAUGGAAAAUUAAUUUCCUCCGUUGUGUUACCAGACCUGACAGAGGUCUCAAUUAUUGAGAUGUCUGUAACAGAAGAGGAGUUAAGGCUCCUCAAUCAAGAGGCCAGAUCAAGUGUUGGCUUUAUGGAGGCUCCUUAUAUGGAGGUGGAAGCAGCUGCAACACAAAUUGAGGAAGAAGCACCAUCCCCUGACACCAAUGAUUCAGGGUUAUUGACUUGUGACAACAGUCCUGCAACGUGCAUGACUGAAGUUGACUUGUGUGAAGAGGGUCAUCAUAAAGGCCUCGUUUCUUCAGCUAAUAUCAAUGUUGGUAAAGAUGAGGUAAGAGGGGUUGAUGUGAUUUCUCAGGACUGAUAUAUAUAUGGAUCAUAGUAUAUUUUUUUAAAUUAUAAAAGUCACUUACCUGGAACUUUGUUAACAGUUGACAAACAUUUUGGGAUUUUUUCAAGUGCAUUUUUACGAUUUUGUUGCAAAUUCAGCAUGAAAAUAAUUUUCUACUUACCAGUAAACCCCGAGAAGCCAAAGUUCGUCGAUUUCUUGGAAUUUUGUUGUUUGUACGAAUGUUUCAUUUAUAACUCCAAUUUUGUCUUUCCGAAAAUUUCUCGAAAAAUACUAAAUAGCCAAGGAUAUUUCGAAUUUCGGGAGCCAAUCAAAACACGCGAAAAUUACUAUUCGCUGAUUCGGUGAAUAGUAACACUAGAUAUCCUGUAUAGCCAAUCACAGCACCCAAAAAUUACUAUCCACUGUUGUAGUAUAUACAAAUAAAGAAUACAAGGAAUAUUAAUCUCUCAAAAUCACUCUGACUGAGUCUCGUUGGUAAGUAAAAUUUCUAAAAUGUGGUGGAAAAUUUAAAUUAAGCGAAGAUCCAGUUUUCAAAAGUUUUUUUUUUUCGCAUUCCUAGCCGAUAUUGCUUUAGCAGCAGAUACCAUCAGUUGAGCUGUAUUCUUCCUGUUGUUUCUGUUUACAGACAAAAGAUGACGUAUCGUCUUCAAUGAGCCAUGGACAAAUAAGACCUUCCAAGAAACGAAGAAGAAGGAAAAGAUCGGCUAGAAGCGCCAGUAGUAACUCAGAUGUGGAUGAUAGCUCCGCCCGUGCAAGCCAGUUGCUUGUAAAUCAAGGCGGAAUGAUCAUUGGCUCGUACAGUCAUGAUCAUACCGGAUGUUGUGCUACGGACGAGGCAGCAGCCGCAGCAAAACUUAAGGAGGAAGAACCAUCCUCUGACACCGGUGAUGGAAAAUUAAUUUCCUCCGUUGUGUUACCAGACCUGACAGAGGUCUCAAUUAUUGAGAUGUCUGUAACAGAAGAGGAGUUAAGGCUCCCCAAUCAAGAGGCCAGAUCAAGUGUUGGCUUUAUGGAGGCUCCUUAUAUGGAGGUGGAAGCAGCUGCAGCACAAAUUGAGGAAGAAGCACCAUCCCCUGACACCAAUGAUCCAGGGUUAUUGACUUGUGAGAACAGUCCUGCAACGUGCAUGGCUGAAGUUGACUUGUGUGAAGAGGGUCAUCAUAAAGGCCUUGUUUCUUCAGCUAAUACCAAUGUUGGUAAAGAUGAGGUAAGAGGGGUUGAUGUGAUUUCUCAGGACUGAUAUAUAUAUGGAUCAUAGUAUAUUUUUUUAAAUUGUAAAAGUCACUUACCUGGAACUUUGUUAACAGUUGACAAACAUUUUGGGAUUUUUUCAAGUGCAUUUUUACGAUUUUGUUGCAAAUUCAGCAUGAAAAUAAUUUUCUACUUACCAGUAAACCCCGAGAAGCCAAAGUUCGUCGAUUUCUUGGAAUUUUGUUGUUUGUACGAAUGUUUCAUUUAUAGCUCCAAUUUUGUCUUUCCGAAAAUUUCUCGAAAAAUAGUGAAUAGCCAAAGAUAUUUCGAAUUUCGGGAGCCAAUCAAAACACGCGAAAAUUACUAUUCGCUGAUUCGGUGAAAGGUAACACUAGAUAUCCUGUAGCCAAUCACAGCACCUAAAAAUUACUAUUCACUGUUGUAGUAUAUACAAAUAAAGAAUACAAGGAAUAUUAAUCUCUCAAAAUCACUCUGACUGAGUCUCGUUGGUUAGUAAAAUUUCUAAAAUGUGGUGGAAAAUUUAAAUUAAGCGAAGAUCCAGUUUUCAAAAGUUUUUUUUUUUUUCGCAUUCCUAGCCGAUAUUGCUUUAGCAGCAUAUACCAUCAGUUGAGCUGUAUUCUUCCUGUUGUUUCUGUUUACAGACAAAAGAUGACGUAUCGCCUUCAAUGAGCCAUGGACAAAUAAGACCUUCAAAGAAACGAAGAAGAAGGAAAAGAUCAGCUAGAAACACCAGUAGUAACUCAGAUGUGGAUGAUAGCUCCGCCUGUGCCAGCCAGUUGCUGGUAAAUCAAGGCGGAAUGAUGAUUGGCUCGUACAGUCAUGAUCAUACCGGAUGUUGUGCUACGGACGAGGCAGCAGCUGCAGCAAAAAUUGAGAAGGAAGAACCAUCCUCUGACACAAAUAAUGGAAAAUUAAUUUCCCGCGUUGUAUUACCAGACCUGACAGAGGUCUCAAUUAUUGAGACCUCUGUAACAGAAGAGGAGUUAAGGCUCCUCAAUCAAGAGGCCAGAUCAAGUGUUGGCUUUAUGGAGGCUCCUUAUAUGGAGGUGGAAGCAGCUGCAACACAAAUUGAGGAAGAAACACCAUCCCCUGACACCAAUGAUCCAGGGUUAUUGACUUGUGACAACAGUCCUGCAACGUGCAUGUCUGAAGUUGACUUGUGUGAAGAGGGUCAUCAUAAAGGCCUUGUUUCUUCAGCUAAUACCAAUGUUGGUAAAGAUGAGGUAAGAGGGGUUGAUGUGAUUUCUUAAUAAAAAUGUAUUGGUUUAGGGAAAGCCGAUGAUGACAUCAUACCAUAGGUUCUCUUCAAGGAAAUAGUAACUGCAUUAUUUAACGAGUUUAAGUAACCAAUCACAGCGUCUGAAAAAUAUUAUGUAUUGUUGUAGUAAAAUAGAAACGAUACUGCAGCGAGCUGCCGGUUGUGUUAUGGUAGUACGACUGACUGAGCGCAGUAUAAUUGAGCGCGUAGAACAAGAAGAAGAAAAAAAGGGAAAUUAAAACAAUAAAAAUGAAUAUCGACUUGCCAGACGUGUUUUGACCAUUUUAACUUGAUAUUCGUCAACUAGCAGAUGUCAUCGGUUGAGCUGUGUUCUUCCUGUUGUUUCUGUUUACAGACAAAAGAUGACGUAUCGUCUUCAAUGAGCCAUGGACAAAGAAGACCUUCAAAGAAACGAAGAGGAAGGAAAAGGUCAUCUAGAAACACCAGUAGUAACUCAGAUGUGGAUGAUAGCUCCGCCCGUGCAAGCCAGUUGCUUGUAAAUCACUCAUACAGUCAUGAUCAUACCGGAUGUUGUGCUACGGACGAGGCAGCAGCUGCAGCAAAAAUUGAGGAGGAAGAACCAUCCUCUGACAUCAAUGAUGAAAAAAUAAUUUCCCGCGUUGUAUUACCAGACCUGACAGAGGUCUCAAUUAUUGAGACCUCUGUAACAGAAGAGGAGUUAAGGCUCCUCAAUCAAGAGGCCAGAUCAAGUGUUGGCUUUAUGGAGGCUCCUUAUAUGGAGGUGGAAGCAGCUGCAACACAAAUUGAGGAAGAAGCACCAUCCCCUGACACCAAUGAUUCAGGGUUAUUGACUUGUGAGAACAGUCCUACAACGUGCAUGGCGGAAGUUGACUUGUGUGAAGAGGGUCAUCAUAAAGGCCUUGUUUCUUCAGCUAAUACCAAUGUUGGUAAAGAUGAGGUAAGAGGGGUUGAUGUGAUUUCUUAAUAAAAAUGUAUUGCUUUAGGGAAAGCCGAUGAUGACAUCAUACCACUGUUUCUCCUCAGGAAAUAGUGACUGCAUUAUUUAACGAGUUUAAGUAACCAAUCACAGCGUGUGAAAAAUACUAUGUAUUGUUGUAGUAAAAUAGAAACGGUACUGCAGCGAGCUGCCGGUUGUGUGUGGCAGGCGAUGGAAUGCAGCAAUUGAUCCCAAUGCAGUGGGCUAGAAGGUAUCUGAAUUUAAAUGCAUCUGAAGUACCAAAAUUUAUUAAAGAACUUAAUCACAACGACUCGUUCUUCCCACAUACUAAAAACGUUAUUGGCUAGCACUUUUGACACUUGAUUUUCAUCUGCUGUCCAACUGUCAGAUUACAAGCAGCUUCAAAUCAGAUAGGUCAAAUUGGACGGUUCUAGUGCUGCAUUUAUCAAAUUUGUUAUGGUAGUACGACUGACUGAGCGCAGUAUAAUUGAGCGCGUAGAACAAGAAGGAAAAAAAGGGAAAUUAUAACAAUAAAAAUGAAUAUCGAGUUGCCAAACGUGUUUUGACCAUUUUAACUUGAUAUUCGUCAACUAGCAGAUGUCAUCGGUUUAGCUGUAUUCUUCCUGUUGUUUCUGUUUACAGGCAAAAGAUGAGGUAUCGUCUUCAAUGAGCCAUGGACAAAUAAGAUCUUCAAAGAAACGAAGAGGGAGGAAAAGGUCAUCUAGAAACACCAGUAGUAACUCAGAAGUGGAUGACAGCUCCGCCCGUCCAAGCCAGUUGCUUGUAAAUCAAGGCGGAAUGAUCAUUGGCUCGUACAGUCAUGAUCAUACCGGAUGUUGUGCUACGGACGAGGCAGCAGCUGCAGCAAAAAUUGAGGAGGAAGAACCAUCCUCUGACACCAAUAAUGGAAAAUUAAUUUCCCGCGUUGUAUUACCAGACCUGACAGAGGUCUCAAUUAUGGAGAUGUCUGUAACAGAAGAGGAGUUAAGGCUCCUCAAUCAAGAGGCCAGAUCAAGUGUUGGCUUUAUGGAGGCUCCUUAUAUGGAGGUGGAAGCAGCUGCAGCACAAAUUGAGGAAGAAGCACCAUCCCCUGACACCAAUGAUCCAGGGUUAUUGACUUGUGAGAACAGUCCUGCAACGUGCAUGGCUGAAGUUGAUUUCUGUGAAAAGGGUCAUCUUAAAGGCCUUGUUUCUUCAGCUAAUACCAAUGUUGGUAAAGAUGAGGUAAGAGGGGUUGAUGUGAUUUCUUAAUAAAAAUGUAUUGGUUUAGGGAAAGCCGAUGAUGACAUAAUAGCAUUGUUUCUCUUUAAGGAAAUAGUAACUGCAUUAUUUAACGACUUUAAGUAACCAAUCACAGCGUGUGAAAAACACAAUGCAUUUUUGUAGUAAAAUAGAAACGGCACAGCAGCGAGCUGCCGGUUGUGUGUGGCAGCCGAUGGAAUGCAGCAAUUGAUCCCAAUGCAGUAGGCUAGUAGGUAUCUGAAUUUAAAUGCUUGUGAAAAACCAUAAUUUAUUAAAGAACUUAAUCAGAACGACUCGUUCUUCUCACAUACUAAAAACUUUACUGGAUAGCAGCAUUUGACGCUUGAUUUUCAUCUGCUGUCCAACUGUCAGAUUUCAAGCAGCUUCAUAUUAGAUAGGUCAAAUUGGACAGUUCUAUUGCUGCAUUAAUCAAAUUUGUUAUGGGAGUACGACUGACUGACUGAGCGCAGUUUAACUGAGCGCGUAGAACAAGAAUGAAAAUGUGUGGUAAAUUCUAAUUAUAAUAAACAUAAAUAUCGAGUUGCCAAACAUUUUUUGUGCAUUUUAAGCGAAUAUUCGUCAACUAGCAUAUGCCAUCCAUUGAACUGUAUUCUUCCCGUUGUUUCUGUUUACAGGCAAAAGAUGGCGUAUCGUCUUCAAUGAGCCGUGGAGAAAUAAGAUCUUCAAAGAAACGAGGAGGAAGGAUAAGGUCAUCUAGAAACACCAGUAGUAACUCAGAUGUGGAUGAUAGCUCGGCCCGUGCAAGCCAGUUGCUUGUAACUCAAGGCGGGAUGAUCAUUGGCUCGUACAAUCAUGAUCAUACCGGAUGUUGUGGUACGGACGAGGCAGCAGCUGCAGCAAAAUUUGAGGAGGAAGAACCAUCCUCUGACAACAAUGAUGGAAAAUUAAUUUCCUCCGUUGUGUUACCAGACCUGACAGAGGUCUCAAUUAUUGAGACCUCUGUAACAGAAGAGGAGUUAAGGCUGCUCAAUCAAGAGGCGAGAUCAAGUGUUGGUUUUAUGGAGGCUCCUUAUAUAGAGGUGGAAGCAGCUGCAGCACAAAUUGAGGAGGAAGAACCAUCCCUUGACACCAAUGAUCCAGGGUUAUUGACUUGUGAGAAUAGUCCUGCAACGUGCAUGGCUGAAGUUGACUUGUGUGAAAAGGGUCAUCAUGACGGCCUUGUUUCUUCAGCUAAUACCAAUUUUGGUAAAGAUGAGGUAAGAGGGGUUGAUGUGAUUUCUUAAUUCGUAUAUAUUUGGAUCAUAGUAUAUUUUUUAAAAUUAUAAACGUCUCUUAGUAGCAACUUUGUUAACAGUUUACAAACAGUUUGGGAUUUUUUCAAGUGCAUUUUUACGAUUUUGUUGCAAAUUCAGCAUGAAAAUAAUUUUCUACCUACCAGUAAACACCGAGAGCAGCUUCAAAUCAGAUAGGUCAAAUUCGACAGUUCUAGUGCUGCAUUAAUCAAAUUUGUUAUGUUAGUGCGACUGACUGAGCGCAGUAUAAUUGAGCGCGUAGAACAAGAAGAAAAAAAAGACAAAUUAUAACAACAAAAAUGAAUAUCGAGUUGCCAAACGUGUUUUGACCAUUUUAACCGGAUAUUCGUUAACUAGCAGAUGCCAUCCGUUGAGCUGUAUUCUUCCUGUUGUUUCUGUUUACAGACAAAAGAUGACGUAUCGUCUUCAAAGAGCCAUGGACAAAGAAGACCUUCAAAGAAACGAAGAGGAAGGAAAAGAUCAUCUAGAAACACCAGUAGUAACUCAGAUGUGGAUGAUAGCUCCGCCCGUGCAAGCCAGUUGCUUGUAAAUCAAGGCGGAAUGAUGAUUGGCUCGUACAGUCAUGAUCAUACCGGAUGUUGUGCUACGGACGAGGCAGCAGCUGCAGGAAAAAUUGAGGAGGAAGAACCAUCCUCUGACACCAAUGAUGGAAAAUUAAUUUCCUCCGUUGUGUUACCAGACCUGACAGAGGUCUCAAUUAUUGAGAUGUCUGUAACAGAAGAGGAGUUAAGGCUCCUCAAUCAAGAGGCCAGAUCAAGUGUUGACUUUAUGGAGGCUCCUUAUAUGGAGGUGGAAGCAGCUGCAGCACAAAUUGAGGAAGAAGCAGCAUCCCCUGACACCAAUGAUCCAGGGUUAUUAACUUGUGACAACAGUCCUGCAACGUGCAUGGCUGAAGUUGACUUGUGUGAAGAGGGUCAUCAUAAAGGCCUUGUUUCUUCAGCUAAUACCAAUGUUGGUAAAGAUGAGGUAAGUGGGGCUUAUGUGAUUUCUUAAUUCUUAUAUAUAUGGAUCAUAGCAUAUUGUUUAAAAUUAUACACGUCACUUAGUAGGAACUUUGUUAACAGUUUACAAACAUUUUGGGAUUUUGUCAAGUGCAUUUUUACGAUUUUGUUGCAAAUUCAGCAUGAAAAUAAUUUUCUACUUACCAGUAAACACGGAGAAGCCAAAGUUCGUUGCUUUCUUGGAAUUUUAUUGUUUGUACGAAUGUUUUAUUUAUUGCUCAAAUUUUGCCUUUCCGAAAAUUUCUCGAAAAACAGUGAAUAGCCAAGGAUAUUUCGAAUUUCGGGAGCCAGUCAAAAACGGGGAAAUUUACUAUUCGCUGAUUUGGUGAAUACUAACACUAGAUAUCCUGUAGCCAAUCAGACCACCCAAAAAUUAUUAUCCACUGUUGUAGUAUAUACAAAUAAAGAAUACAACGAAUAUUAAUCUCUCAAAAUCACUUGGACUGAGUCUCGUUGGUAAGUUAAAUUUCUAAAAUGUGGUGGAAAAUUUAAAUUAAGAGAAGAUCCAGUUUUCAAAAGUUUUUUUUUUAUUUUUCGCAUUCCUAGCCGAUAUUUCUUUAGCAGCAGAUACCAUCAGUUGAGUUGAAUUCUUUCUGUUGUAGGAAGUCAGAGUAUUGUCUUCAAUGCGGAGCCAUGAAGAAAGAAAAUCUUCUAAGGAAAGAAGAAGAACCUCAGACGUGGAUAAUACUUCCCACAUCCCAAGAAAGUUGUCGAAAUAUGAAGAAGUUGUUUCCUCCGCUAAUAUCAAUGUUGGAAAAGAUGAGGUAAGAGGGGUUGAUGUGAUUUCUUGAUAUAUAUGCAUUAGUUGCGGGGACUAUGGUGAUUAUAAAAUACUAGGGAAAGGUGGUGAGUCUCGUUGGUUAGUUAAAUUUCUAAAAUGUGGUGGAAAAUUUAAAUUAAGAGAAGAUCCAGUUUUCAAAAGGUUUUUUUUUCGCAUUCCUAGCCGAUAUUGCUUUAGCAGCAGAUACCAUCGUUUGAGCUGUAUUCUUCCUGUUGUUUCUGUUUACAGACAAAAGAUGACGUAUCGUCUUCAAUGAGCCAUGGACAAAGAAGAUCUUCAAAGAAACGAAGAGGAAGGAAAAAGUCAUCUAGAAACACCAGUAGUAACUCAGAAGUGGAUGAUAGCUCCGCCCGUGCAAGCCAGUUGCUUGUAAAUCAAGGCGGAAUGAUCAUUGGCUCGUACAGUCAUGAUCAUACCGGAUGUUGUGCUACGGACGAGGCAGCAGCUGCAGCAAAAAUUGAGGAGGAAGAACCAUCCUCUGACACCAAUGAUGGAAAAUUAAUUUCCUCCGUUGUGUUACCAGACCUGACAGAGGUCUCAAUUAUUGAGAUGUCUGUAACAGAAGAGGAGUUAAGGCUCCUCAAUCAAGAGGCCAGAUCAAGAGUUGGCUUUACAGAGGCUCCUUAUAUGGACGUGGAAGCAGCUACAGGACAAAUUGAGGAAGAAGCACCAUCCCCUGACACCAAUGAUCCAGGGUUAUUGACUUGUGACAACAGUCCUGCAACGUGCAUGGCUGAAGUUGACUUUUGUGGAAAGGGUCAUUAUAUUGGCCUUGUUUCUUCGGCUAAUACCAAUGUUGGUAAAGAUGAGGUAAGAGGGGUUUAUGUGAUUUCUUAAUUUAUAUAAUAUAUAUGGAUCAUCGUAUAUAUUUUUAAACUAUAAACGUUACUUAGUAGGAACUUUGUUAACGGUUUACAAACGUUUUGGGAGUUUGUCAAGUGCAUUUUUUCGAAUUUGGUGGAAAUUUAGCAUGAAAAUAAUUUUCUACUUACCAGUCACACAGAGAAGCCAAAGUUCGUUGCUUUCUUGGAAUUUUAUUGUUUGUACGAAUGUUUCAUUUAUCGCUCAAAUUUUGUCUUUCCGGGAAUUUCGCGAAAACUAGUGAAUAGCCAAGGAUAUUUCGAAUUUCGGGAGCCAAUCAAAACACGCGAAAAUUACUAUUCGCUGAUUUGGUGAAUAGUAACACUAGAUAUCCUGUAGCCAAUCACAGCACUCAAAAAUUACUAUCCACUGUUGUAGUAUAUACAAAUAAAGAAUACAAGGAAUAUUAAUCUCUCAAAAUCACUUGGGGCUGAGUCUCUUUGGUAUGUUAAAACUAUUUUCUAAAAUGUGGUGGAAAAUUUAAAUUAAGGGUAGAUCGAGUUUUGAAAAGUUUUUUUUAUUUUUGGCAUUCCUGGCCGAUAUUUCUUUAGCAGCAGAUACCAUCGGUUGAGUUGAAUUCUUUCUGUUGUAGGAAGUCAGAGUAUUGUCUUCAAUGCGGAGCCAUGAAGAAAGAAAAUCUUCCAAGGAAAGAAGAGGAAGAAAAAGAUCAUUUAGCAGCAUGAGUAGAACCUCAGACGCGGAUAAUACUUCCCAUAUCCCAAGAAAGUUGUCGAAAUAUGAAGAAGUUGUUUCCUCAGCUAAUAUCAAUGUUGGAAAAGAUGAGGUAAGAGGGGUUGAUGUGAUUUCUUGAUAUAUAUGCAUUAGUUGCGGGGACUAUGGUGAUUGUAAAAAUAUUAGGGAAAGGUGGUGAUGACAUCAUAUCAUAGGUUCUCUUCAAGGAAAUAUUAACUGCACCAUUUGAUCUUCCAUCAGCACCUUAAGCGAUCAUGUGAUCGCUGGUAUUGCUUGAAAUAUAACCGAUUUGCCGUACCCUGUCGGUAGAGAUACCAAGAUAUCUUUUCCCUCAAAAAAAAAAUAACAAUGUAAUAAUGAAUGGUUUCCUGCUGCUUUUUGCUCAGUUGUAGAAUGCGAAAUGUUUCACAAACUUGCUUUUAAGCAGCUUCUUACGUCCUUGCAAUUUCGAAGUAAGCAAUUUCGUCGCCAUUUUGUCGUGUUCUUGUAUGUGUUUUCCGUUUAAGCCAAUGAGCGCCUCCGAAAGAAAUAACCGAAGGGGGAGCCAGUGAAAGACUAUUAUAUAUUUUCUUGCAAAAGGAGAUCGUAGAUGCUUCCUCUUGUUUACUUCAAAUAUCAUAAUGACAGUAACUCUUUCUUUGCUAAUAACACAUUAUUGCAGUUGUUCUUAAAAGAACAGUACAACGUAUGUGCAUUAAUUUUAUCACUGUCCUUUCUUGAUCGCAGGAACCUUUCAGAGGAAGCGGAAUGAUUUGUAUGGCUCCAUCUACAAGAGUGGCUUGCUCUUCAGGAGGUGAGUUGGGAAAUACCUAUCAUUAACUGUGCUGCUACAAACGUCUUGGUCUACAUCUGGCUUGUUUUAAUGUUUAGAAUCUUAUGCUAAAAUUUUCUAAGAAAGCAAAAUUUUUAAAAAAGUAACCUCCGUAAAUAAUCACCCGCUAGCUCCAUAUAUUCCUUCAAAAAAGUAUGUUCCUAUAAUCUCCAUAAAAACAAUGUGCCAGUCCUAAAAUAUUACUGAAUGAUAAAUGUUUGCCUUUGUAAAUAGAUUAAUUUUUAAACACAACCUUAGGAAUCCGAUAGGAUGGUUAGGAUUUUUUAAUAAGUUCAUGUAUUUUAUUAUGUAUUACGGUAUUCAUGUAACAUGAGAUAUGUAUCUUUAUCUUGUGGAAAUGAAGACCGUUAUUAUAUGUCUUAGUUAGUACGCGCGCUGUGAUUGGUCAAUUUGCGGGCCGUAUUGUACUGUACAGCCCGCUAAAUUUUAAAGUUUCCUUCCCGCGCACCCAAUUAACCUUAGAGAUAUAGUAAAUAUCUUUACUAACCUCGUUUUUCUCGGACCGUACUGUUAUUUACAGAAGGGACCGAGAAAGAUGAGGUUAGUAAGAGGUAUUUGUUAUUAUCAGUAAAAUAAUAAAUUUUGAGCCUCAAAAACAAACAUUGUCUUUAGCAGCUGUUUUCCUUACCAUUUUAGGUAUUAAAAAGAACUAAAGAAAUAACCAAAAUAUACUAUUUCAAUUUCAGAAACUGUUGCACAACCACUGCCAAUGACGGCUACAGUGAAGCGAGAAUUGCCGGCGGCGUUUGAUCCUGUUCCUGGCACUGUGGAACCGAAUCUUGAAUCGUCCGAUGCUAUGGGAUAUGUACGCUACUUUGUAUCUGCUGCGUUCAGUGCCUUGUUUGGUGGAAACUUUGAAGCCCAGGCGGCUGCUGUUGCAGCCUUGCCAGCCAACUGGGGCCAACCUUUAGAGGUACUAUAUAGGAGCCUUUAUAUAUUAAUGAGCUACCAUACGUAUUUUCUUUUAUUUUAAGGAGCUGUGUCAUUAAAUUUAUACAAUUUUAAAUAGUAGGAGCUGACACAUUAAUUGAAACAUUAAAUGACAGCUCAAACCAUGAAAAGCAGAUCUAAAUAACAAAGCAAAUACAAAACGAGGCACGGAUCGACAAACUUGAAGAAGAUUAAAAGGGCUUUGAAAACUUCUUAGCCUAACAGUUUUUCGAGGUUCAUGUUUCUUUUGACCAACUAUUGCCUGAUUGAUAGCAGUCAGCACCUAGUGUUUGAACAACUCUGGCGCGGAAGAAAACUUUUUUUAAGAAAAAACAGUCCUUCCAACUCAAGAAAGUUCAGGUUUUUAAAAGAGAAAGGAAAAUAAGCAGUUAAAUUUCAGGACUCAGUUAGUUUCUUUAAUUUCAUUUAGGACCAUCCUACUCAUGCUUUGAACACCAGGUCACGCCGAAGAAGGUUGCGUAGAGUUUGGAAUGGAGAAGAGUUCGUUUCUGAGGUAAUUAAGGUCGAUCGCCCGUUAUUUACAUUGACACGCUGUAGUUAAUGAAGUUCUCAAUCCUGCUCAAUCUCAAUAGUAGAGCGAACCUAUAACAUUCUCGACCCCAGAACCCCUCGUGACUUGUUUCACUUGGUCUUGUAAUCUUGCUCUUACGUGAUUAGAGCUGUGAGGCCCUGUAGACGAGAAAUGGAUACAUGAAGAUGUAGCCAGUUUUGUUGUGGGAAUUCUGUAACGUCUUGGUGACUGGAGAUCUUAGUAUCCGUCACUCCGACUAUCAUAACUACAGCAUAGAUAUCAGCUUUUGUUGAACCCCAAUCAAUUUUGCACUUUACAAUACCCCAGAAUAACAUCAAUACAUAAACAAUAGAUAAGGUUAUCCUUAUGAGCAUUAAUAACAUGGUAAGCGGGGGUAAUUACUUGUACGGUACUUUGAUCUUUAAACAACUGCUAAUAGUGACACUUUGUGGUUCUUUUUACACAGGAGGCGAGGCGUGAGGAAACCAAACCUUACACCCGGAGAUCGCGCCGCCGAAAGAACUGA